CAUCGAGUCAGUAGCAUUGCCAUUGGCGCACUUUGCAGAACGGAGUAAAAAUACAAAACACAAGAAGUGCAGAUGAUUUUGCUCUUAUUAAAUGUUUGUCAGUUAAACACAUAGUUGCAUGCCAGAGAUAUAAUUCUCUACGAUGCUUAUCCCAGUUCUGGUCGCUACAUACGCGGUGUCCGAAGCGUUCAAGACAGUUGCCCAGUCUACACAAGUCGACCAAGCUGACUCUGGAUCUGCAAGUUACAGAGUGAAAGAAACUUAUUAAAGAAAGAAAACUACUUUGAAUGAAUAAUGUCAGAGGAAGGCUUGAGAACAUUUUGUGCAGCUCUGCCAAAAAUUGAGCUUCAUGCACACCUCAACACCAGUUUCAGCAAAGUAACACUGCAAGCACUGGUGGACAGGAAGAUUCAACUUGACCCAACCUUCACCUCCCAGAAGAUGACGUUCGAUGGGAAUGAGACUGCUGGAAUAGAAGAAUCUUUCAGCAAAUUCAGACAAAUCCACAUGGUAUGCAAUGACGCUCACGCUAUCUACACUCUGACCCAUGACAUCAUACAUGAGUUUGCUGCUGACAACGUGAAGUACCUUGAGCUCCGCUCCACCCCGAAGACAAUCCCAGAGACUGGCCUGACCCCCGAGGUGUAUUUGGAGUGCAUGUUGAGGGCAGUGCGGGACUGUGAGGAGGGAGGGGUGGACACUGUGGUGAGGAUCCUCCCUUCCAUUGACCGCAGGAACGGGGUAGACGUGGCCUACAAGACAGUUGACUUGGCCUACAAGUAUGCGCAGUCGUCCAAUGGUGUUGUGUGUGGGAUCGACUUCAGUGGAGACCCAUUAGUUGGAGAUGCUGCAGACUAUGUCCCUGUGUUCCAGUAUGCCCACAGCAAGGGGCUGAAGCUGGCUCUACAUUUAGCUGAGAUUGCCAGCUUCGAGGAGACCCACAAAGUCCUCCAGGGCACAACAGUAGGAAGAAUAGGUCAUGGGACAUUCCUGCAUCAGUGUCCUGAAGACUACAAGGACAUAACACAAUGUGUUCUUCAACAACGCAUUCCCAUUGAAACUUGUAUGACCUCUAACUUGAAGUCCCAGACUGUGUCAGACUACAGCUCACAUCACCUGGAGUACUGGCACAACAGGCAACACCCGGUCAUUAUCUGUACUGACGGGAAGGGUGUGUACCAGACCACAGUCACGGAGGAGUAUGUACACGCAGCACGAGCCUUUGGACUGACACGUCUCAAGUUGUGGCAGCUCUCCCUACAGUCAAUAGACCAUAUAUUCGCAGACGAAGCAACAAAACAAACUCUCAGACGAAAGUGGGAAUCUAUCAAACCAUCCUUUGACUUCAAGGAUCGGUGAUUGGAGAGACAGUAAAGCCUUCAUACCACUGCAUUUCACAAUGAAAUGUCAGCCAUUAUAUAUGUAUAUUAAACUGGUCAGUCCUGGACAUGCUGGAGCCAAUCAUUGAACAGUUAAAGGGACCAAUCAUUGAACAGUUAAAGGGGCCAAUCAUUGAACAGUUAAAGGGACCAAUCAUUGAUGGCCACAAUCCACUGCAAAAUCAAACGACAAAUUUUAGUAGUUGCGUAUCCCCACCAUACUUCCCUGAUAUCGAUGAAUUAUAUGAUCUUCAACAUUAUCAUGAUGAUUACCAAAUAAAUAUUUAUGGCAU